GUUCACAGUCUGUUUUGGCGGCGUCGCCGUGAGAGUUGUUCUGUUUUUUUACGUUUUAGUUUUAAGUUUAGCGCGGUUUUACCCGAUGCCGGUGUCGCCCAAAUAAUGCUAGACACAGCAUAAAGCAACGGCACCACCAACUUUAAACGUUUAAGAAACCCCAAAAACACGACACACGCAGAAGAAAGUGUGGAAAAAUGGGUCGAAGUCGCAGUCCCGCCUCUCCAGCCCACAGAAGACGGGAGAAAGAGCGCACAGAGCGAAAAAAGAGACGAGAACGGCGCUCCAGAGAAAGAGAGGCGAUUGGCAGCAGCAGUAGCGGGCGCCGUGACCGUGAUCGUGAACGCGAGCGGAGUCGCAGCCGUGACAGGGAUCGUGCGCGUGGAGGAGGACGGCGUUCUAGAUCACGUUCGAGAGGCGGCGGUGGCGGUGCUGCUGGCGGCGGUAACAGCAGCAGCAACAACAGCAGCUCGGGACCAUCGACGUCCAGGCGAACCACACGGAACAAAGCAGCGGCCGCUGCUGCAGCAGCUGCUGAUCGUCCCCAGAUCAAUGAUGCCGAUCUGGAGGGUAAAUCGCCGGAAGAGGUUGAGAUGCUCAAGACAAUGGGUUUUUGCACGUUCGACACCACCAAGAACAAGAAGGUCGAGGGGAAUGAUGUCGGUGAAGUGCAUGUAAUCCUCAAGCGGAAGUAUCGCCAGUAUAUGAACCGCAAGGGUGGCUUCAACAGGCCGCUCGAUUUCGUGGCCUAACAGCCGGAGGAGUCCUUUUUCGCUCCUUCGCUGCCCUGGCGGCCACUACCAACCAAACUAGUUUGCUACGAUUUUUUACUUGUCCUUGCUGCACGCCUGCCUUCGUUGCACGCACGGGGCCGAGCGGCGACGGACAAAAACCUGCAAUUUUAUGCAAUAGACCGGUUUACAAAAUUCUCAAAUUUUUAUCCCACCCAAAAUUUCCACUCAAUCAACCAAGCUACCCAUCAGCCACCCAGCAACAGCACUACACACACUCAUACCUCAGUUAGUUAUUUAGUAGUAUAAGCCAGAAGUGCGCCUUUGUUAUAAAGUUACCACGUUAAUUUUACAACAAAUAUCUGAAGCUGAAAGCAAAGCCCCACAAAAGCCCUAGAACAGAAUUCAAAAUGUUACAUGUUCGAGAAUUGGGGAGUCUGCUUUCAGUUGCAUUUGAGGCGCACGACGACGAUUGCUUUUUAAAUAUUUCAAAGUAAUUAACAAUUGUUCUUGUUGACGACAUCACAUCAUUUUUAACGGAAUACGAAUUAACUGAAGGCCAGCCUGCGCCUAAAAUUCACAACAGCAAAAUUUCCAAACCACACACAGACAAUUACUUAAAGUAUUUGAAAACACACACCCGAAACAAACCACAAAACCCUCUCCGAUCCCGAUCCAAAAACUAUCCCACAAACAACUCCUCCAUACGCUGCAAUAGUACAAGUUUUACAACCAAACAAAUAUAUAUCAAAUAUAUAUUUAAUAUAUAUGAAAUUAAUUAUAUACACACACACACACCACAAGUACCUUAUCCUGAUGAUCCCCCAGAUAAACCGAACAAUAGCCAUAGCAAUUUGUUGAAUGAAACGUUAUUUGUUAUCAAUCAAAAUGUUGUAAUUAAACCAGUUAAUUCCGAUUUAAAUCACAAGUGCCAACGCAGAUCAGGCACAUCAACGCUUAAGAUGAAACACCUUUUAUAUAGACAUAUUUGUAUGAUCAUUUUGUACUCUUUUAUAGGACUAUUAUAUACACAUAUGCAUGUGUUUGUAUGACUUAACAAACCAACUAUUAUAAGCAAUAGUUACAGUUUUUUCUUGCUUUUGGCAAAUACUAUUCAUUGGUAAUUGAAAAACGUUUGGCCCACACACUCGCACUUCUCAAUCCAUUAUUUGUAACCCUUAACUAUAUCGAAAUUGCAGGGAUUAUUUCUUAUUUUAUAUUCUCCUACAAUAAACUGAACGAAAAUGUAAGAAAAUAAAAACGAAACAUUUUUCUCUUUCAAGGA